UCUGGUGCUGCGUCCUUGGAAAACCCCCUGCUGGCGGUUUGAUUUGUAUUCCCAUCCAGCAGGCAGGCAGGCAGGCGGAAAGUCAGAGUCACGAAACACUGAUGAGAGAAGAGGGACAGACUGGAUGAAGCAGAGGCAGGGGAGGAGUCCUGCUGCCAAGGUGAACCUUUAAAGCUGCGUGUUUAUACGGACGUGCCGAACAGAAGCGGAGCCGCGGAUCGCGCGCCUGUCCCCGGGGUGACGGUCAGAGUGCAGCCGCUGGAAUAACCUCACAGACACGGAGCCGUCUUUGCUGGAAGGACGCGUUAUUUUUUUUAUUUUUAUUUUUUCCCCGCGUGUUUGUGGACAUUUUGGGGCAUAAAGUUCGCCGCCAUGGAAUGAGUUGAGUGGUCUACUCCGUCGAGAGCAGCGGAGGGAUUCAAGAAAGACGGUCAGGCCAUCACCCGCCCCACAGAGCUGUCUCGCUGUCUAACUGUGAUAUCUGCCGCACUCCUCCUGAGAAUCGCGAACGGCUGGAGAAUGAAGAGUCCCGCCGGGAUCUAAGGGGGAGGAAUUCGGCUUCCCGACGGUGUGGGGGAGACCCCCGACUCCCUGAAGGGACCAGCUGUUGGGCUGCGUGCGGAUGAAGGCAUCACUUCUGUGGGUUUUUGCGCUUCUGAUUGGAUGUCGCCUCCAUUCAACCCUCCAAAGAUCACAACCUGAAAGAAGACCAUUUGUUUUUUCUCUGACAGGAAAAUGUUUUCAGUCGUGUGGAUCCUGCAGAGCGCCGUGGGGGCUAUAAGUGGUUGUUUGCUGUGGAAAUGAGGAGGAAAGACAGAUUUUGUCUUUGAUUCUUUAGAAAUAGGCCAACUGAAAUGAUUAAUCGUUUUAAUUAUGAUUCACCGAGCAACUCAUGUAGUAAUCGAUUAAUCAUUAACUGGAGUAUACAGUAUAGAAAAAAGUUAUUUGCUGAAAUAGCAUUUUCAGUAAUUAAGCCAAAACUGUACAAAAUAUGUACAUUUGCAUUUAGAACAAAAAUCCUUUGUAAAUAUGUUCUACACAGAACUCCUUCAGUGGCUCAGUUCAGGCUUCAUCUGGUUCAAAUUUUGUAAACAACAAAAUCUUUUAAGCUCCUUUGCUAUUCAGUUAAUAAUCAGUUAAUGCAAAGAAAUAGUCAAAUUGCACAUCAUCAAGCUGUUUGAUGUUUUAGGCAAUAAAAUCUUUAUUUUCUUAUUUAAAAGGGAAGUGAAUUUGUUAAGUUGCAACUUUUAUAGCAUUUCUAAUAUUGCAUAAAAAAGGCUUAAACAUGCUUAAAGAUCUUAAAAAUAUGCCAAUUUUUUAUCUGAUUAAUUGUCCGAAUAAUCAAUUACUAAUAUAAUUGCUAGUUGUAACCCUAUGAAAUAGCAGAAUUUUGAGGAGAGCAACAUAAACCUCGACUGCUUUUAAGAAUUUGAUCAGCUGUUAACACAUUCAAAACUAUAACAUGGAAUGUUUUUAGCUGUUAUAAUAAUGUCCAUCACAAACAUUCGUCCUUAUUUUAAUUUGAUACUUUGACUUAUAUCAGUCUUCAAACAUGUGACGUUUGGGGUAUUUUUCAAUCUGUCUCAAGCUUUAUGAACUUGGAUGGUCUGUUCUCCCUUUCAUUGUUGUGAAGAACAUUUUUUAUCUCCUAAAACCAUUUUUUAUCUCCUAAAAACAUCUUUUAUCUCCGAAAAACUUUUCUUAUCUCCUCGGGCGGAGAAUUCACUACUCUUCUUUUCACCGCCAUGGUGAUGUCCCAGGGCACCUACACCUUCCUGGCCUGUUUCGCUGGCUUCUGGUUGGUCUGGGCCCUCAUCGUCAUGCUGUGCUGCUUCUGCAGCUUUUUACAGCGCCGGCUGAAGCGGCACAGAGAGGACAGACUCAGAGAACAAUGUUUGCAGGCCGUGGAGAUGGAGCCGCUUUCUGCUCAUCCUGCCGGAUACCCAUCGGCGCCGCCACCGGCGCAGCCUCCGCAGGUGCAGAGGGAGCCGCCACCGCAGAUCUGCCCUUCCCAGAUGCUGGCGGCGCCCGUCGCUCUGCCGGUUCCUCAUCCGAUGCCACAAGCCAACUGGGUCAGCAUGCCAGACACAGAUGUAUUUGGGAAGCCACCUUGCUAUGAGGAUGCGGUCCUGAUGGAGGACCCCCCUCCACCCUACAGCGAGGUCUUGGCUGACCCUCGAGGGGGGACGUACCUGAAGCCCGGCCCACUCCGGGGAGCACCGCUGCCUUCCAGGGAAAACCCCCACCUGCCUCCGGUCGUCACAUCCGAGACCAGCAAGCCCCCAGUGGCCACCGUGUUCCCUGACAGAGGUUACUCCUCGCUAAUCCGCCUGCCUUCAUCCCAGCGCUGGGACUCGUUGGGUCACCUCCUGUCCAACAUGGACCUGAACAACAGCCUGACCCCACCGGGGGCACGCUCGCUUCAGGUGGCCAACACCGCCGCCAUGGCGACCAUGCCGCGCAGGGAGUCUAGGACUCAUUAUGAGAGUAUGCAAAGUGAAAUACGGGGACUUCAGAGGAGCAUGCGGGGAUUUCAGGGAGGAUUUCAAGGUAUUCAGGGGGUUCAUAGACUGAGAAGUCUGGAGCCUAGCUGUGGUAUGCCAACCGCCUUCCCUUUGCUGGGUCGCAGCACUGCGGUCUGAGCCUGGAUCCCUACUGGGAGCAUCGUAUCACCCAGUAAGAGGAACUGGAAAUGAACUCAGGAGUGUACUUACUUAGUUUGCAGAGCUAAUGUGUGAGUACAGGAGGACACAAACCAGUUUGUACCAGUAGCUGUGCUUCCAUUGAUCAUGUAAUUAUGAAAUGUGACAUUUGGAAAAUAAAUUUGCUUUAGGGAAAUACACCAAUUUUGAAAAAAAACUUGUUUUCAAUAAAAUGUUUUGCCAUUAGGAUGAAGUGGUUUGUUUGGCCAUAUCGAAAUUGGUUUAUUUCGCAAAACUGCAUUGGAAACGUUUUUUGGCAUCGCAUGAGUCACAAUCAACAACUGGAUGUUGCCACUAGUGCUAACCACAAAGAAGAUAAUAACAUGUUUUUAAUAAAUUAUCGAGUGAACAAACUUA